UAUAAUUGACUGGUGACUAGCGGCAUGCAGGAGCGCUAUUUCCUCUCAUUGUCGAGCGGUCGUGAGCAGGAAGUCGGAAAAGAAAGCAGAAACUGAGGGGGCAGGGCCAUUUAAAAAUACCUGCUACCCUACAAUAACGGGACCACAGACAGUAGCCCUACGGGACAGUGCUGUGGAGACUCGCAGCACAGAGGAGAAACCACGCUUGACGCAAACGCAGUUGCGCUGGAGUAAAUAAACAACGCGGCGGGGGGACAUCUGCCUGUCACCACGUAUUAGGCUACUCAAACACGUAGGAUUGAAUGCGUGGAGACAGAAAUCUAAUGCAAAGAAGCUACCUUGGAUGCACUUGGGAUUUAGCAUAGGCUACAUAAUGUGUGCUAUAGGUUGUAGAUCUUUAGCGCAAUAAGAAGGCAGCAAGGCAGGUGCAUCUCUGAAGGCAGUUCAUUGAGCAGGACGUUGGUGGUCUUUCAGUUGAUGGUCUUUCUUUCACUGUAAGUGCGCAUAUCAAAUGUACUACUGAAUUAUUCCUGAACAAUAUUUGAUAUGGCAUCUACAAUUGAACGGAAAACACUGGAAACGAAUGAGGAGCCCGUCGACGAGGUGCUUCAGAUGCCGCCGUCGCUGCUGACCUGUGGCGGCUGUCAGCAGAGCAUCGGGGACCGCUUCUUCCUCAAGGCCAUAGAGCAGUACUGGCACGAGGACUGCCUGAGCUGUGACCUCUGCGGCUGCCGCUUAGGGGAGGUGGGCCGCAGGCUUUACUACAAACUUGGCAGGAAGCUGUGCAGGAGAGACUACCUCAGACUGUUUGGUCAGGACGGGCUCUGCGCUUCCUGUGAAAAGAGGAUCCGGGCUUUUGAAAUGACCAUGCGUGUCCGUGACAAAGUCUAUCACCUCGAGUGCUUCAAAUGCGCUGCUUGUCAGAAACACUUCUGCGUUGGAGAUCGCUACCUGCUCAUCAAUUCGGACAUUGUGUGUGAGCAGGACAUUUUUGAGUGGACCAAAAUGAACGGCAGCAUAGUAUAGUGUUCUACUAAAGUCCUAAGUGAAACGUAACAUCCUGUCAACAUUUGCAACAAACCCUUUACUAAAAAAGAAUAAUGAUCUUUCUGGCUCCAGGAGUCACCGCCAUGGACGUGUUAUAAAAUUUCAUCUCUUAUAUUUGAGAAAAAUUGCCACCAGCAACAUACACUUGUUUUUCUAUUGGUUUAUUUUUAAUAACAGCGUAAAUACAGUUUGUAAUGUAUUGCAAUAAAAGCCGAUUCCCUUUGCUACUUUCACAGAAAGUUAGAUUUGGACUAUAGUGUUAUUUGUUUUGAAGGAACACAAUUGCCAUAAAAUGUUAAAACAUCUUUCUU